AUGUUCAAUAUGAUGCAAGAGGCAGAUGAAGUCAUUGUUGUUACGGGAGAGCAGUCAACCAGGAGUGAAUCUAUGGAUAAGAAGCUGAUUGGUGUCGAUGGAUUCUGGCCUCGCCGGAUUGCCCUGCCGCAUCUCGCUCCUCCCCGCGUUCUCGCGCAUUUGACGGGUACGAGCGUGAUUCAGUCCAUUUUUACACGACACAAUCGUCUUCGACGCAUUGAUAUAUCCCAUGCAACGGAGAAAGCCACUGCUAAGCUUCUCAUGACUCUGAUGCGAGACUCGGCUAUUUCUGGUCGACGAUUGCGAGACGCACACGAGGAGGUUGGUCGAUACCUGGCCGUGGAGUAUCUGACGGCUGUGGUUGGCCUAGAAUCUUACCCCCUUCAACACGUCCAAGGUCAUAUCACCAACGGCUAUCGCCUGUUCCGUGAGACAGAAACAUUGAUAGUCGCAUUGAUGCGGGGCGGCGAGCCAAUGGCGCUGGGAAUCAGUCAAGCAUUUCCGAGUGCAAUGUUUCUGCACGCACGGAAAUUGCAAGACAUCUGCGACAAAUCAUUGGAGGGCAUGGUCACUGUGAUACUCGUAGAUUCCGUGAUUAAUACGGGCAAUACAAUCCUCGAAUUCGUCCGUCAUAUCCGCACUUUGCAUGCCUCCAUUCGUAUUGUGGUCGCCGCAGGGGUGAUCCAAGCAAGUUUGCUCCAGCGCAGCAGGGUAGCGCAACAACUAGUUGCGUUCGAACAACUUACUUUUGUCCCUUUACGCAUUUCCGAAAACAGCUACUCCGGAAAAGGCCGCACAGACACUGGGGCAAGGUAA